AACUCCAUUUCCCAAAUUGCAAUUUUUCUUUCUCUUCCAAAACAUUUCUCCCCAUAAUUAUUACACCCCCACACAUGAACUUUUUCCUCUUCUUUAGCAUCAUAUUUAUGUGAAGCCAAAUCAUUAUCCAAAUCUCAAAUCUGUAUAAAAUCAUGUUCAUGCACAUAUAGAUACAAACACAUACAUAUAAACAUCCCCAACACCAACUCAUAUCAUGGUCUCCAAAUGCCACCAACAAUCAGUAUGAUGCAAUUUGGUCCAUAUGUUAGAUGCAUAUCUUCCUCCACAUGCUAUAUAUUAGACACAUUCCCUGUGUAAUUACAAUAAUUGUUCUCACUGCUGAUGUAAGCCCUGAAACUGUUGCUCUCUAAUUUGUUGCUAAAGCUGGCCCACUUCUCCAUCCAUUUCCCUCUCUAUAAAACCCCUCUCACUCUUCAUGCUGUCAUCCCCUGCCCUCUAAGCGAAACAACCUUUGCAACACAAGUUCCAACCAAACCUUUCAAGUGCAAGUUCAUCAGAACCUUUUAAAGGAAAAAAAAAAUAUUUAAGCUAUGCUUCCAGGUGAGAUCAUUUCAGGUCUCCACUACCUAGCACCUGAAACCCCAAUUCCAGAUCCUGCUCACUUUGGCAUCAUGCAGAACAACAUGUCCUCCCUCCAUUUCAAUACUCUCUUUAACAAUUUAUCCCAAGCUCAAAACUUUCCUGCAGGCCAUGAAUUCACUCAGCAAUCUUCAAGCCUCAGCAACAACUCCAGUACUUCUGAUGACGCUGAAGAACACCAGCACCUCAGAAUCAUUGAUGAGAGGAAGCAGAGGAGAAUGAUAUCCAAUAGAGAAUCGGCUCGGCGAUCGCGGAUGAGGAAGCAGAAACACCUGGAUGAGCUCUGGUCACAGGUGGUCAGACUGAGAAAUGAGAACCAGAGUCUGAUAGACAGGUUAAACUAUGUGUCAGAGAGCCAUGACAGGGUUGUGCAGGAGAACACUAAGCUCAAGGAAGAAGCUUCUGAUCUUCGCCAAACGCUCACAAACCUUCAAAUUGGCAGCCCUUAUAAUAUUAAUGCUACCACCUUCAGAGAGCUGGAACCCGAGGUGCCCUGCAACACAGCUCAUCUCAGAGCUGAAUCUUCAAACCAAUCCAUUGCUGCAUCAGCUGACUUGCUCCAUUGAGAUAGAUGACAAUUACUGUUUUCUCAUUAUGACAUAGCUACUUUAUGUUCCCUUUGUUCACUAUAAUUGCUAUUCAGUUUUUUCCUUCCCUUUACCGUAUGAGAUUAAAAGCAAAACAGACCGUGCAAGAACGCACUUAGCCA